ACUGCUCUCGACCACAACACUAGUUGAAAUCUCAGAUGACGGAAUACAAAAAUUUUAAUUGUAUUCAUCGGAUUAUUUGUUUCAACUAAAGUAAUUGCUGUCGGAGUUUGUAAAUUUACCGUGUUUAAUUUAAAAUGGGUGACGGACAAAGUGAAAAUCAGCCUUUGCUGCGAGAUGAGGAGGUGAAUGUCAGCACAAUAUCUCCAAUUGGACCAGACGAAUUGCCUCCUCCGUAUCUGCAGCAAGGGACGCCCAUGGUGACAUGCCGAGUAUGUCAGGCUAUGAUAGACAUCUCCGGGAAGAAAGAACAACAUGUAGUUAAAUGCUCUGAUUGUAACGAAGCUACGCCUAUAAGGAAUGCUCCCCCAGGGAAAAAAUAUGUUCGUUGUCCAUGUAAUUGCCUGCUAAUUUGCAAGUCUUCUUCUCAACGAAUUGCAUGCCCUCGACCAGACUGCAAGAGGAUUAUCAACCUUGCGCCAUCGCCUGUAACACCACCAGUACCGACCUUGCCUGGCAUGUGCAGAGUCAUCUGUGCUCACUGCCAAGACACUUUUCUGUAUCAGCUGCUGAAGAACGCACCGGUGCGGUGCCCGCACUGCCGCAAGGUGUCGUCGGUGGGGUCGCGGGUGGCGCGCGUCAAGGGCACAAUAUUCGCGGUGCUCGCGCUCAUCUUCCUCGCCAUCGCCAUCGGCGUCACGCUCGGGACGCUCUCGGCCGCCAAGUCGCACGGCGGCGGCGUCUACGUCGCCUACGUCGGAGCGUUCCUCGUCGCAUUCCUCCUCGGCAGCCGCGCCGUCUACUACUUCGCGAUGAAAGUGAGUACGAUCGAGGGCCCCAUGUAAACUAUUACCGACAUAGUUUGUGAUAAAAUUUGUAUGACUAGAAAAUAUAAAAGGUUUCUCGAUUCCAUAUUGUAACCAGCGUUAUUAUGUAGUUUGGUUUUAUACUGUAUUAAUGUAUAAUUUAACCAAUGCAGUGACGGGCGGUGAGUUAAUAUUUCAAAUAUUAUUAUUAUAGGAAUGUAUUGAUCGACAGCCACUACGAUAGAAUAUAUUCAUAGCUUCUAAGUUGUUGACUUGAUCACCUAAAUUCAGCAAAGUUAUCAUUGUCGGUUACUGUAUAUCUGGUUCAUGGAUCUUAAUUUAUAUAUUUUUAAAUGCCAUGACACAAUAAUUUAUGAGUGUCGCUUAUCGUGCAUGGUGAUCGUAUUUUAAUGCGUUAAUUACAAUACCACAUACUAUCAAGCAAUCACAAAUCAUGUAUGUUGUUGACAUAGGCAGCAAUAAAUUUUCAAUAGAUUUUCUAGGACAAUAAUUUAUCUGCUUUACAGGCAGUGAAUAAUAUAAUAUAGCCAUUAUAUGACUUUAGGUGCGAGAUUAUAGCCGAUUGCAGACCAUAACUGCAGGCCUCUUUUAUGUAUUCUAAUUCCGAAAUUGAAUAAAAAGAAGUAAAAGAAUAUUGCAUUAGAUAAGACAACGCAAAACAAAAAUAGACUAUAAAACACGAAUAAACGAAUACAUAUUAUGUCGAUGACUGUGUGUAUGAAUUCUUUAAUAGAUAAUACUAAUGUUGAUAAUUUUCCAUUCAUACGAAAUUACUAAUAUCGCGGUAUAUUAACAUCAGUGGCCAUUGAGGUCAGUCCGCGCAGUUGUAAGGAUUUAAAGACAGCUAUGGGUGAUUGUAGUCUACAUACGGUUUUCAAUUCACACCUCAAUUUCAAUUAACGAUGAUAAACAUUUGAAAAAAAUCUCUAGUGUAUCCAUUUUAAGCUCUACAAAAUCGUAUAGUUUGUUGUUUGAUUGGUUGAUUAGAGUGUGAAUAUUGAAAAAAUCACCAAUUUAUAUUAAAAGUUUGUUUGAAUUAUAGUAAUAUUAUUAUUAAUACUUACCAUAAUUUAGCUAAAUUUAAACAUGUUGCAUCAAUUGUUACACUCAUAUGCGAUCUCAUUGCUAAUUAAUAAAAUAUGGAGAGUUAAAAUAUAGAAUCAAAAAACGCUAUUAUUAACGACCUCAGUCGCGAAAAUUUGGUCGCUCUGAGUGAUAUAGAGAUGGUGUGAUAUGAAUGAUGGGUUUCCUUCGUUACAUACUGCGCUAGCUAGG